AUGUCCGGACGAGCGUCUUUGAGCUCGACCAUCGUACCUGAGCAGCGAGACGAGGUCUCGCAGUCUCGUGAGGAUGUCGCCGCUAAGCCACCUGCCGACGACGGCAUUUGCGUCGAUUGGGACGGCCCCGACGAUCCAGCAAACCCACGCAACUGGUCGCUUGCGAAGAAGUGGCGAAUAACAUGUAUCUGCUCGCUGAUAACCUUCAACAUUGCCCUUGCCUCGACGUUACCCACAUCCGCAACACCAUUUAUUCGGAUAUACAUGGGCAUGGAGAAGGAAGUGUCGUAUCUCAUCACCACCAUGUUCCUUUUGGGUUACGUCUUCGGUCCAUUCGUAUGGGGUCCAGGAAGCGAGCUGGUCGGGCGGAAGGCCAUGUUUUACGUCUCCAUGGUCCUCUACCUCAUCUUCAUCAUCCCGAGCGCACUCGCCAAGAACACCGCAACGCUCCUCGUCUCGCGGUUCCUCACCGGUUUCUUUGGCUGCGCGCCACUCGCCCUCGUGGGUGGUGUCAUCGCCGACAUGUUUCCCGCUGAGGGCCGUGGGCUCGCUGCAUCGCUCUUCACUGUCGGCGUCUUCUUGGGACCGUCCGUCGGCCCCAUCAUCGCCGGCUACAUGCUCGACAACGCCGUGAGCUGGAGGUGGAUUUUCUGGCUCCUCCUGAUUUUCUCCGGUUUCUGCGUCGCGAUGCUCUUCCUCUUUGUGCCCGAGACGUAUGAGCCGACGUUGUUGAAGUGGAAGGCUCGCCGCUUGCGCAAGGCCGACCCGCAGGGCAAUGCUAGGCUCUACGCCCCCAACGAGCGCGAGGACUGGUCGCCGGCAGGUGUCUUCCAUAGCACCAUCUACCGGCCCUUCCACAUGUUCUUCACCGAGCCCAUCCUCCUCCUCGUCACCGUCUACGUCUCCCUCGUCUACGGUAUCCUCUACGCACUCUUCUCCGCCAUCCCCGUCGUCUUCGUCACCCGGCGGAACUUCAGCAUCUCGCACAUGGGCCUCAUUUUCAUCGCCGUCAGCAUCGGCACCACGCUCGGCGCGUUCAUCAACAUCGUGCUCUCCGCGCACUACCCGCGCCUCAUCCGCGAGUGGCGCGGGUUCCCGCCGCCGGAGCAGCGGCUGCUCGGUGCGAUGGUCGGCGGGCCGCUCAUGGUCGUCGGCGCGUUUUGGCUCGGGUGGACGGGCGAGUACGCGGACGUGCACUGGGCGGCGCCCGCGGGGAGCUUGAUCUUGAUUGGCGCGAGUAUCAGCUUGGUGUUUAUGAGCUUUUUGUCCUACCUGGUCGACACCUACCUGCACUACAGCGCGUCUGCGUUCAGCGUCAACACCACGAUCCGGUCGCUCGUCGCGGCCGCCUUCCCGCUGUUCACGACGCAGAUGUUCACCGAGCUGGGCGUCAACUGGGCCGGCACGCUCAUCGGCCUCGUCUGCCUUGUCCUCGUACCCGUGCCAUUUUUGUUCUACAAGUACGGCCCGAGGAUCAGGACGUCCAGCGGUUAUGCUCCUUGCAUCGUACGUAUCCUACAGUGUGAUGUUGUUGACCGCAUGCUAAUCCACCUGUUCAGGACCUCAAGAUCGCUAAGGAGAUCGCUGACAACGCCGCGGCCGCGCAGAAGAUCCAGGACACCAAGGAGCAGCCGCAGGAAAAGACGCAAGAGGUCUAAAUAUUCAUUUAAAGUCUCCCGCCACGUCUAUGCAUGGGUUAGAAGGGUUACGAUCAUAGAGGUGGCUUCGCUACGUACAAACUAG